AUGCAGGAAGCCAUUGUGAUCACUGAGCAGCCGAUCUCCGUCUCCGUCCCCGUGGGAUACUCCUUCACGCUGCGGUGCAGAGCCGAGGGACGCACAUCGCUGCAGUACCAGUGGUUUUCUCAGUACCAGUCUGUCUGCUGCCAGAUUCCUGGUGCCACCAAGGAAGAUUUGCCCAUCACUGCACAGCAGACCCAACUGUACACUUGCAGAAUCAAUGACCUCUACAAAAAUGCCGUCUUCUCCGACUGGGUGAAGGUGGAGGUCCAUCAGUGUGUCGCCAGAGGACUGCCCCCUCGGCUCUGGCGAGGAGAACCGGUCAUCGUCCUCAACCCCACCGAACAGAGGGUGGAGGUGGGGAAGCCGCUACAGCUGCAGUGUGCUGCCAUGGGGGUCCCAGCCCCCAGCUAUCAGUGGUAUCGCAAUGGGAACCUGCUGGAACACCAGAAGAAAAAAAAACUCUGGAUCACCCACGCAAAGGUCAGUGACUCCGGCACGUACCUCUGCUGUGCCUCCAAUAGCCACGGAGAGCACUGGACCAACGCCGUGGAUAUUCACAUAGGUACGUGUCGCUCUGAAAAGUUUUUUGCUACAGGCAAGAUAGCACUUUUAGUGGGCAACAACCGCUACCAGCAUCAUCCCAACCUGAUGGCUCCCGUCACGGAUGUGUUUGAGCUGAGUCUUCUUCUGGAGCAGCUGGGCUUCCAGGUUGUCUCCCUUCUGGACCUGAACAAGGCUGAGAUGGUGACAGCAGUCAGUCGGUUCCUGCAGCUCCUGGGGAAGGGAGUCUACGCUAUAUUCUACUAUGCUGGUCACGGGUAUGAACAUUCGGGGAGGAACUACAUGGUCCCCGUUGACGCUCCACAACCCUACGCCCCUGAGAACUGCAUCAGCGUGCAGAGGAUCCUCCAGAAGAUGCAGCAGCAGCAGACGGCCCUGAACCUCAUCCUGCUGGACACCUGCAGGAAAUGGUACAACCCGGAGUGUGCCCUCUCCCAGGUACAGCCGCUGGAGCCCUGGGGCAACACCGUUUACGGCUACGCCACGAGUGAAGAUGCAGAAGCCUAUGAGUUGCAGGAUGGGGAGUUCAGCUCUGGGAUCUUCAUGAAAUAUCUGAAGAAACACAUUCUGCAGGAGAAGAAGGUUACACACAUGCUGGAGGAUGUGUUAGAAGACAUCGGCCGGGAUCCCUUGGUCACUGGGAAGCAGGUGAUGGAGAUCAAACACACUCUGAAGGAAGCCCGGUCCCUGACGGACCCGAUCUGCCCCUCAGGAGCAGCUGCCGAGCACUGGGGACGCGGCCACGAGCCGCUGAGCAAAACGAUGACCUUCCCCUGCGGGGUGCAGGUGGAGCUCUGCUUCCGCCGGCUCUUCUCCAACGUGAUGUACGUGUGCGCCAAGCUGCAACCCCCCCCGGCCCAUGUCGCUGACGCCCAUCUCCGGCUCUGCCGGCCCACCGAGAUGGACGAUGUGGCCGUCCUGAAGGAGAGCUGCCUGGACCAAGUGGAGUCUCUGCUCACCUCUGUGUACAAGCAGGAGGAGCUGGACUGCGUCUUCCAGCUCUGCGGACUGCAGAAAAUUCAGACGGAUGUGAUCCUGCAGUUGGAUUUGCAUUACACCCAGCUGAGCACCAAGCAGAGGACUUGCGAAAGCCUGCAGACAACCCUCCAGAAAUCUGUACUAGGGCAGUUUUUCAGCCAGAGGAAUUACUCCCAGCCAAACUACCAGAGAACUCCUGCCUGCGCAGGCAGCACGUGCCUGCAGGAUGCGUCGGCGCUGAGCACGGACCCGAAGGGGCAAGCAUCUCUGAGGACAGGCUCUGGCCACAGCUUGCCCAGCAGCGUCCCCUCCCACUCCAGCAGUGAGCCGGAGGAGAACGACGAGAGUGACCUGAGCGAGCUCUGCUCAGCGCUGCUCCGGGCUGGCCCGGGGCAGGACUACCCCUGA